AUGUCGGACCCCGUGAACACUGGCGGUCCUGGAGUCUCCGGGCAUACUCCGGCCCCGGGGGAACAUGAGGGCUAUCCAGGGGCCAACCAAACACCAUCUCCGCAGGGGUGUGGAUUUCUUUCUGAGUCUGACUGUGCUGUCAGGCUCAGCAUGCUCAUGGGGCUGAUAUCGCUGAGCAGUCAGCCCAAGCUGGAGGUGUUCCAGGAGAUGCUGAGGCAGCACCCCAGUGUGUUCUAUCCCUCCCGCACUCCCAAGAGCUUGUUGAUGCACUGGCAGCUACUCAAACAGUACUAUCUGCUGGAGGACCAGAGUGUUCAACCUCUCCCUAAAGGAAACCAAGUUCUCAACUUCUCUGAUGCUAAGCAGCUGGUGGAUGAUGCUAAGCUAAAGGAGAGCAGGGAUGAGGAGCAUAAGCUGAUGAUCUCUGACCGCCAUCAGAAGAAGGAGAUAAGUCAGCUGGAACAGGAGCUACCACACUGGCAGGUCCUGGUGGACAGCAUCACAGGGAUGAACUCUCCAGACUUUGACAACCAGACACUGGCAGCGCUGAGAGGCUGGAUGGUUCGCUACCUUAUGAGGUCACGAGAGAUCACCCUGGGCAGAGCCACCAAGGACAAGCAGAUCGAUGUAGAUCUGUCUCUGGAAGGACCUGCCUGGAAGAUCUCCAGGAAACAAGGGAUCAUUAAACUAAAGAACAACGGAGACUUUUUCAUAGCCAACGAAGGCCGCAGGCCCAUCUACAUAGACGGCAGACCAGUCUUGUCUGGCGACAAGUGGAAACUCAACAAUAACUCUGUGGUGGAGAUUGCCGGUCUUCGUUUUGUAUUCCUGAUCAACCAGCAGCUGAUCUCACUCAUCAAGGCAGAAGCAGCUAAGAUGAACCAGCAGUGAGAGAGAGAGAGAGCUGUGCUG